CGAGAAUUUGUCAAGUUGUGUUUGGAAAUAAACAAAAAUAUAAUUAUUAAGGAGAUAUGCGGUAGAAAUGAGACUAGAAGUAUGUCUGCUGCUCACAUUGAACCUGGCGUGGGGUCUGCGCCGGGGUCCUCACCACCCCCACGGCCAGAGCCCAGUUGACCGUAAACACCACCACUACAAGCCCAGGGAUUCUGAAACCCUCACGGGUGAUUCCCAGCUUUUGCAUGAUGCUAGACAUAUCGAGGAAGACUCCAAGGUUUUAACCCCUGAAGCGCUGGCCAAGAUGACCCCUGAAGAGUUGGAGUUCCACUACUUUUCAGCUCAUGACUUUGAUAGGAAUUCCAAGUUGGACGGCCUGGAAUUGUUGAAGGCGGUGUAUCACACCAUAGAACAUGAGACGCCAGAUCCUGAUAGUGACCCUUCAAUAGAACCAGAGGCUAAUGACAUUGACACUUAUAUCGCUCUGGUGGACCGUACCCUGGAUUCUGAUGACACAGACGGGGACGGCUUCGUCUCCUACGCAGAGUACCGAGCAGCCAGGUCCAGCCAAUCAGAUCGCACGCCCAGGGUGGUGGCAGCCAAUGAGCGAUAGUUAUUCCAUGUCAGAAACUUAAGUACUUAUAAUUUUAUGAAGCCAUAAAGAAAAUUUACAUUAUAUGUAUGUUAAUGUUAAAAAUACAUACAUAUUUACAUUUUAUAGGCUAGAGAGAGCCAACAGUCUUGAAAAUACUGAUAGACUUCGUUCAGCUUCUUUUUUAAUAU